AACGGGUGGCGCCAACACUGAUAUUGCAAACCCCUCAGCAAAUGUGCAGCUGUGCCCAUGACACACACACACACACAUAUAUACCUCUCUAUCUCUCUCUUUCUCUCACACACACACAUGAAUAUGAAAUAUAUAUUUCAUAUUGACAGCAUUAUGUUAUUUAUAGUUUAAGUGUUGUGUUUAUCUCUGGAUAUAGGCUUAAUGUGUGUCAUUGUUCUCUACAGGUUGAUUGAUUGUGGAGUCACAGAUGAAGGUUGUGUUGCUCUGGCUUCAGCUUUGAGAUCAAACCCCUCACACCUGAGAGAACUGAAUCUGUCUGAGAAUAAACUAGGAGACUCAGGAAUGAAGCAGAUUUCUGAUCUACUGGCGAAUCCUCACUGUAAACUGGAGAAACUGUGGUUGUGGGGUUGUGGAGUCACAGAUGAAGGUUGUGUUGCAUCUUUACACAGCCGAGUUAAGGCUGCUCUAAAGCGGCUCUGUGUCUGCUCAAAGUUCUGUGUAAAGACACAAUGCCGCAUAAAAGCAAACUGA